CGCCGCGCCAUUUUUGAAAAUAGCGACGAUUUGCGAUGUAGUUGUAGAGUUUGUGUUCAUUCGAUUAUUGCUCAGCAUAUACUCCGUACCUGUGAUUUCAUUACGAAGUUCGUCGUAGAAUUGAUCAUUAUAUCUCCGUGGCAGUAGUUAUAUUAGUCGAUAAACAUGGGUAUAACAGAGGAUGCUGCGAAAGUGAUAUCUGUGAAAGUAGCACUUCGCUGUAGACCACUCGUCAGCAAGGAGCGGAAUGAAGGAUGCCAACAAUGCUUGACCUUCGUACCGAACGAGCCACAGGUUGUAGCGGGGAAAGAAAAGACAUUUACUUACGACUAUGUCUAUGCGUCUGACGUCGGCCAGGAGGAGGUUUAUAGAGGUUCAGUCCAAAAGCUAAUAGCUGGCCUGUUCAAAGGCUAUAAUGCCACAGUAUUGGCAUAUGGUCAGACUGGAAGCGGUAAAACAUACACAAUGGGAAGUGGAGGCCAAAACGUAGAGCAAGAGGUGAAAGGCAUUAUACCUCGGGCAGUUGCUGACAUAUUCAGCACCAUGAAAACCAAGAAAGACUGGGAGUUUGUCCUGCGUGUGUCCUUUUUAGAGUUACAUAAUGAAGAGAUACACGACCUCCUAAGGCCAGAGAAGGAUGGCAUAGCCAUACGAGAGGAUCCAGAGAACAAUGGCAUUAAGAUCGCAGGUCUGUCAGAGGUGAUUGUCAGCAGUGCUAAGGACAUGCUGCAGUGUCUGGACGAGGGAUCAGCCGGCCGCACCACCGCUUCCACAGCGAUGAACACCACAUCCAGUCGCUCCCACGCCGUCUUCACCAUCCACAUCGAGAUGCGGCAUAAGGACAGUGGAGAUUACUGCAAGGCCAAGUUCCAUCUGGUUGAUUUGGCAGGAUCUGAACGUGUCAAGAAGACAAAGGCUGAAGGCGACAGAUUUAAAGAAGGUGUGAACAUCAACCUAGGCCUCCUCGCUCUGGGAAAUGUCAUCUCUGCUCUUGGUGAUGAGAAUCAGAGGAAACAGCAUGUACCAUACAGGGAUUCCAAACUCACCCGGCUCUUACAGGAUUCGCUUGGCGGUAAUAGUCUGACGAUUAUGAUCGCCUGCGUGAGCCCGGCCGACUCCAACCUCGAAGAGACGGUGAACACACUGAGAUACGCUGACCGAGCGCGUAAGAUAAAGAAUAAACCAAUCAUCAACAGAGACCCUCAGGCCGCCGAGGUGGCUAGACUCAGAGCCCUGGUACAACAACUACAGGUGCAACUCAUACAGAAUGGUGGGAGCAUAGGAACAGGAGGAGGAGAUGGGGGCGGCCAAAGUGUCCAAAAGCUGCAAGAGAGGAACAGAGCUCUAGAGGAGGAGAAUGAGAAGCUAGUGCAGGAGUUGCAAUCAUCGGUGGAGCAGACUCGCAUGCUGUGUGAGAAGGUCAUCAUGGCGGAGGCCGCGCGAGACAAGAUCAAGCUGAAGAUCCAGGAGCUGAAGAAACAGACAGGGGUGGCUGUCAACAUUCUCAACGACACAACAGACAGUGAGGUGGCGAAGCAACAGCGAAGUCUAGUUGAUGAUCUGCAGACAAAGAUAGCAGCGUUGGAGGAUGAGGAGAGGCAAAUUGAGGAAGAGGAGAUAAACCUGUCCAAUAUGGAAGAACCAGAAGAAAACAAAAGGGCAUGGCUGGAAACGGAGGAUGCUGGCGGCAACGAUGGCGAGAUGGUGAGUCCUAGCAAAGGUGUGGAUGGCGUAGAGAUGAACAAGGCUUACACGCUGCGGCAGGCCAAGCUCACCAGGGACCUGCGAGACCUGAACUCUGCGCUCGCGCUCAAGGAAGAGCUCGUCAUGAAGGCUGCAAUGAACGACGAUCGCAUGACGUCCAUCAGGAAUAAGUACGACACGGCAGUGAAUGGCCUUGAAUCUGAGGUGGGGAAGUUGCAGAAGGAGAAAGAUGGCCUCGUGCAGGAACUGAAGAUAGCAAAGACCAACAAGGCUUGCAACAAAGUUAGCGAACAGAGAAGAUUGAGGCUGAAGGAACUAGAGGCUCAGCUGGGUCAGGUGAAGAAGCGGUUGAUGGAGCAGACAAAGAUGCUGAGGCUGAAGGAACAGAGUGAUAAGAAAGUUGAGCAGAUGAAAAAUGAUGUGUUGCAAAUUAAGCAAAUGCGAGUGAAGCUGAUGAAACAGAUGAAGGAGGAGGCGGACCAGUUCCGACUGUGGAAGCAGAAGAAGGAGAAGGUUACGCAGCUGAAAGCACAGGAUCGCAAGCGACUCUGUGAUUACAAGAAGCUGGAGCGGCAGCAUCAGUUACAGACCUGCGUGCUGCGUAGGAAGACGGAGCAGGCAGCCGCAGCCACAAAGAGGCUGAGGGAUGCGGUGUCGAAGCGGAGGGAGACGUCGAGGAAGAUUGAACAGCCACUAUCAGCAAAUGACAUCAAGAGUAUUGGAACGAGGGUGAAGGCGUGUCUGGGGGAACAACUCGAUGUGCUGGUGAGCACACGUGAGGCUAAGAGACACCUGCAGUCUCUUCUGGACGACAGGAGAGAGCUGGCCGAACAGAUGGCAGAGCUAAGGGGCAAGCUGCAGGCAUGCGGGCCUGCGACGAAGAGACGUGCGUGGGAGGGUGGAGAGGAUCUCGACACGAGUCAAGACAAGGCAGACAUCAGGCAGCAGAUAGCAGAGCUUCACGCCGAUAUGGAAACUAGGAAUGUACAGAUCGCUGACAUGCAGCAGAGACUUCUCGACCCAGAGCUUGAUGACAAACGACAGCAACGCUGGGACAGCAUCACGACGAUGGCCGAGGCGAAAUGCGCGCUGAAAUGGCUCAUGCAGCAGGUGGUGGAUGCGAGGCUGGAAUCAGGUAGAAACCUAGAGGUGAAGGAGAACUUGCAGGAUAAUCUCGACCAGACGGUGCUUGAGUGCGAGAGCCUGCAGAACCGCAUGAAGGUUAACGACAGGAAACACGAGGGCGUGCUGCUCACCACACAGCGUGACCACGAGGACAAGUUACUCUACCUUCUGAGGCAAAUUCCAGCAUCCUCCACAGAGAAGAAAGCCUCUCCCAAGACCAAGGAUUUAAUCCGCAAACUCAAAUUCCAGGCGACUGAGAUCGAGAAGCUCGGGGGUCUUCACGAGCAGCUGGUGAGCAAGGAUCAUGAGCUGGCUGACGUUCAACACAAGCUGAGCGUCGCUAAGCUGUACAGCAGCAAGAAGAUGCCGCUGAUGCCGCCGCUCAUGCCUGACGACAACGCUUCCCCGGACCUGCAGCCUCCGCGAAAGUAUUUUUCGCGGGAUGAUCACGCGAUGACAAAGAAUGAGAAGAAGCAGUCGGACAUUGUUUACCUGAGUGACUGCUCCACCGAUGACGGCUCGUUCACCGACGAUUUAAACGACGCUGACUGGCAUGCUACGCCCUACAUGAAGCAGGCUCGUGAAGCCAUCCGGCGAGCGAGGCGCACCAAGCACGAGAAUGAGGCCCCCAGCAAGAGGGUCAGCUCGAUGGCUGGUUGCAGGUGUAAGAAAGGAACUUGUAAAUACUGUACCUGCAACAAGUCUGGGCAGCCCUGUGGUCCGAGCUGUGCUUGUAACGCUGGAAGCUGCUCUAAUAGGAGAAGCCAGGAGAAUGACGAUGACUCUGAUGGCACGAACACAACGUACGAGGUAAAGAAGGAGGAUAUAACAGUGAAGUGUUCCCCUCUAAAACCUGUCGCCUCUCCAAGUAGUAUUGCCAUGAUGUCACCACUAAAUGAGAAGUUCGAGCAGGCCAGGCGUAGAGUGACAUACACGGCUACCAGUAACAGCAGCGACACAGACAGUGACGUUGCAGCCAGCACUGCAGUCAGGGUGCAGACCGAGUCACCACUUGAGGGAGGCAUCAUGACCAAGAAGCGCAAGCUGUACAACUCUGGUGGCGGCGGAUUCUUCCGAAGCCCUCUCAAUUAAGGAUCGGCAUGUGGUGAUGCUAGGAGCUUGACUGCGGUGAAAUCAGUGGAAGUGCUGCCAUCUGUGGCAGAGCUCUGUAUUUAAUCUGUCCUGGGAUUCUCUUGCACACGCAUUCUAUGGGUUAGGCAUCAUCCUAGGCUACUGGUAUAGUCACCAACGUAGCACAUCAUCUAUAUCUAUCUAUCAUCUAUCUGCAGCAGCAGCCUAGCACAGAAUAUAGAUACAUAUUUUAUACUGGAGAAUAACUAUUCUCAGUCUGGCAUGUAAAUUAAGUUGCGUUAUGGAUGUAAACGUUUUCAUGAACAUGAUGCUGUUGAUAAAAGUAGAAAUCUAUGAACCGCUAGUCAUAGAGACAUGUAUAUAUACAUACGUAAUUCUGUAGUGUAAGAUGAUAAUUCUCAUAUUUAUGACUCAUAAUCAUGUAACAAGGAUUAAAGCAAGUGUAGACGAAUUAAAUGCAAGAAAUUGAAACGUGAAGGUAUUAGUUGUGUGUAUGCUAUAAGAGAGAUGUAAGUGUGCUGAGUGUGAAAUAUAUCUAGUGAUUUUAUUAUCACUAGGUAUAACAUAUCUAAGGUUGGUGAGAGUGUUCAAGUAGGGUAAUAUCGGCAGUUUUGAGGUUUAGUUAUUCAUGUAUUCUUGUAGUGGUGAUGUUUUACAUGUAAAUAGUAUGCAUCGUAGAAUUAUCUUGGUUAAUUUUUACUCGACCGUGUUGAUUCAAAACGUACUGCUGACGUUUCGCCUCCUAUCAGGAGGCUUUCUCAAGCUGAGUACGUUUUGAAUCAACACAGUUGAGUAAAAAUUAACCAAGAUAGAUCUAUUAUCUACCAACAGAAAGAACGUAUUUAAUAAGUAUGCAUCGUUCGUGAUAGGAAGUAUUGUUCUGUUCAAGUACCGGAAAUAGUUUUGAAGAUACGAUGUUUUUACUAACCAUCUUUGUUUGAAAUUAUAUAAUUGUGAAUCAUUAAGAAUUUCUUUGCCUAAUUGAGUAAAUCGCCAUUGUAUGGCAUCUAGCGAUUUAUUACUGUGCAAAUAAAACCAUAGGUUAUAAAAUAUUACAAUCACUUUAUUUAGAUUUAUUCACAAAUAUUCAUCAAUUUAUUUGAUAACCUUAAUAAUUUGCUCACUAUAGUACUGCAAACAUGUACGAUGGAAUUAAUGAAACAACUCUAUCCAGGUAGAUGCGUAGGUUUUAUUCU